ACAUUCAGUAUUUGUUUAUUCAACAAAAAUGCCUGGAACAAGAUUCUCUGGAAAAGUUGUCCUUAUUUCUGGAUCUUCCAAAGGUAUUGGACAAGCAACUGCAGUUAAAUUUGCUGCUGAAGGUGCAAAAAUUGUAUUGAAUGGAAGAUCUGCUGAUGACGUUGAGAAGACUAGAAAAUUGUGCAUGGAAGUUGGCGCAAAGCCGUGGGAUCUUCUACCAACUGUCGGUGAUAUUACCAAUGAAGAUUUUGUAAAAAUGAUGGUUAAUACAGUCAUUCAUAACUUUGGAAAAUUAGAUAUUUUGAUAAACAAUGCAGGUACACUAGAAGUUGAUAUGACGGGAAAAGAAGGUUGGGAAAUGGGAGUUGACGUUAUGGAUAGAUCAUGGAAUUCUAAUUUCAAAUCUGUACUAAUGCUGACUCAAGCUGCAAUGCCUCAUCUUAUAAAAACCAAAGGAGACAUUGUAAAUGUGUCAACAUUCUUGUCAUCUGGACCGAUUGGAGUGAUGUCUAUGCCUUAUUACGCUGUGCCGAAAGCUGCGUUAGAUCAAAUGAGCAGAUCCAUGGCUCACGAGUAUAUGCUGAAAGGUGUUCGGCUGAAUACUGUAAAUCCGGGUCUUGUGAGCACUUCUUUCUUCGCCAGACUACCCGGAGUCGGAGAUGAUAAUGCGAGAAAAAUGGAGAAUUAUGUGCAGAGCAAGACCGAGUAUAUUCCUCUGGGAAGGGUAUGCCAGGCGUCCGAUGUUGCGGAGACUAUAUUAUUUUUGGCCGACAGAAAAGUGUCUGAAUGUAUAGUCGGACAAAGUAUUAUAAUCGAUGGAGGUUCUCGUUUAUGUUGCAAUAUUGACAUGUCGGAUUUCAAGGAACAAAUGGCAAAAGCUUGAAUGGAAUAAUUUUAUUUCAAAUUUCCGGAUCACCCGUUUUUAUCAAAACACAAUCUAGCUUUCAUCCUAAUUAACACGCAAUUUGUCAUGCUUUCUAUUUGAUUUCUUUCAAGAAAUGGUCAAACUCAUGAUGUGUAUCUGGCCAGGGCUCGCUGUAAAUGAUAAAAGUUAUUUCGGGAUUAUAAUAAAAUCUUAA